CCGUGUGAAGGGAGGUGAGGGGAGGCAGCCAUGUACCUCCUGGACAGCAGCGAGCCGCCCGCUGCCGCCUCUCCGGAGAGGAUGCAGCGGGGCACCCCCCAGAGGAAAACCGUCUACCGCAUCUCCGUGACCAUGGUGAAGAAGGAGCUGCUGGGGCCGGAGGGGAGCCGUGCUGGCCCGGAGCCGCCCCAGCACAGGCGCCGCCGAGCGCUCGGCUCCUCCAGCCUCACCAGGGCUGGGCUGCUGCUGCUGGAGGAAGAGGAGGGCGAGGAGGAGAGCGAGGAGCAGGACAGAGUGCCCAGCCCCUGCGGCUUCCGCAACUUCAGGACCCUCAGCACGGGGCAGCUGGAGCUGGGCCGCCUCAAGGUGCCGCGGAGAGCGGCGCAGCCCUUCCCAGCCGAGCCGGCCGGCAGGCGCCCGCGCGAGCCGGGCGCUGCUGAGGGGACCGCAAGUAGCCCGGACGAUGCUGCGCCCGGCGCCGGCCGCUCGCCCGCAGGGGAGCAGGGGCAAAGCCCCGGGCGGCAGCCGGGCCUGCUGCGCCGGAGCUUCAGCUUCCGCCACUGGAGUGGUGGGGAGCUGCUGCGCAUCAGGGCGCUGACGCGGGUGCGGCGGCACAGCAGCUCGGGCUGCCUGCCCGCGCCGGCCGACCCUGCAUCCAGCCAGGCGCCCGGCGUGCCCGCUGUUCCCAGUGUGCCCCCCGAGCCAGCCGUCGCCGCGGGCCCCGAGAAGCGCAACACGCUCGACGUGGGCGAGGUGCUGAGCAAGGCGGAUCCGCUCGCGGAGCUGGAGCGCUGGGAGCGGAGCAAGAGCAAGAACCGGACCCUGGAUAACAGUGACCUGCAGCGGCUCUCGGAGCGCCUGGGGCGCGAGGGCCCCGCCGGCGGCGCCGCCCACGAGCACCGGCUGCUGCGCUUCUUCAGCGGCAUCUUCGCCCGCAAGGACGGCACCUCCACCCCCUUCGGCAGCCCCCACGGCCGCUCGCCGCGGGGCAGCUUCUCCAGGUCCAGGGCUUAUUUUAGCAGCCUCAGGAGAGCCACGGUGGAUGUGCAGUCCAGCUCCGAGAGCAUCAAUGGGUCCCCUCACAAAGAUGCCUUUGUAAAUAGCCAGGAAUGGACACUAAGCCGAUCUGUACCGGAGCUCAAAGUGGGGAUUGUGGGGAACCUGGCAAGCGGCAAGUCUGCGCUCGUGCACCGGUACCUGACUGGCACCUAUGUGCAGGAGGAGUCGCCUGAAGAUAUGGAUGCAGGUGGGAGAUUCAAGAAAGAGAUAGUAGUUGAUGGACAAAGCUAUCUGCUGCUGAUUAGAGAUGAAGGGGGCCCUCCAGAGGCACAGUUUGCCAUGUGGGUGGAUGCUGUUAUAUUUGUCUUCAGCUUGGAAGAUGAAAUCAGCUUCCAGACUGUUUACCACUACUACAGCCGUAUGGCCAACUAUCGCAACACUAGUGAAAUCCCAAUGGUACUGGUGGGAACGCAGGAUGCCAUAAGCUCCAGUAACCCUCGUGUGAUAGAUGAUGCCAGAGCAAGGAAGUUAUCCAACGAUCUCAAGAGAUGCACUUACUACGAGACCUGCGCUACCUAUGGGCUCAACGUGGAGAGGGUCUUCCAAGAUGUUGCUCAGAAGAUCGUUGCAACAAGGAAGAAGCAGCAGCUCUCAAUUGGACCCUGCAAAUCUUUACCCAACUCUCCAAGUCACUCGUCUGUGUGCUCUGCCCAGGUUUCUGCUGUACAUAUCAGCCAGACCAGUAAUGGAGGAGGGAGUUUAAGUGAUUAUUCCUCCUCUGUCCCAUCAACUCCAAGCACCAGCCAGAAGGAGCUACGGAUCGAUGUUCCUCCCACUGCCAACACACCAACACCGGUCCGUAAACAGUCCAAGCGCCGGUCCAACCUUUUCACGUCUCGGAAAGGGAGUGACCCAGACAAAGAGAAGAAGGUCCUGGAGAGCAGAACGGAUAGCAUUGGAAGCGGCCGUGCAAUCCCAAUUAAACAGGGUAUGCUGCUAAAACGAAGUGGCAAGUCUUUGAAUAAAGAAUGGAAGAAGAAAUACGUCACGCUAUGCGACAACGGCGUCCUGACCUAUCAUCCUAGUUUACAUGACUAUAUGCAGAACGUUCACGGGAAAGAAAUCGACUUGCUGAGAACCACUGUGAAAGUCCCCGGAAAGAGGCCACCCCGAGCUACGUCAGCUUGUGCGCCCAUUUCUAGCCCCAAAACGAACGGUCUCUCCAAGGACAUGAGCAGUUUACACAUCUCCACGAAUUCAGAUACCGGCUUGGGAGAUUCCGUGUGUUCGAGCCCAAGUAUAUCCAGUACAACCAGCCCCAAACUCGACCCACCUCCUUCACCUCAUGCCAAUAGAAAGAAACACCGCCGGAAGAAAAGCACGAGCAAUUUCAAGGCUGAUGGCAUCUCGGGCACAGCAGAAGCCAAACGCAAAGCGUGGAAACUAAACCGUGUUGGUAGCCUGCGAAAUAUAUACAGCAGCAGCAGCACCAACACCGAAGAACAAGAAGAAAACUUUGAGUUUAUCAUCGUCUCUCUCACUGGCCAGACAUGGCACUUUGAAGCUACUACAUAUGAAGAAAGAGAUGCAUGGGUACAAGCCAUAGAGAGUCAGAUCUUGGCCAGUUUACAGUCAUGUGAGAGCAGCAAGAACAAGUCCCGACUGACAAGUCAGAAUGAGGCCAUGGCCCUGCAGUCAAUAAGAAACAUCAGAGGCAACUCUCACUGCGUGGACUGCGAGGCACAGAAUCCCGACUGGGCUAGUUUGAAUCUGGGAGCUCUCAUGUGUAUCGAAUGCUCAGGUAUCCACCGAAACCUUGGCACGCACCUUUCCCGAGUGCGCUCGCUUGACCUGGAUGACUGGCCCCUGGAGCUUAUCAAGGUCAUGUCUUCUAUCGGGAACGAGUUGGCCAACAGCGUCUGGGAGGAGAACAGCCAAGGCCACCUGAAACCUUCGUCCGACUCCACGAGGGAUGAAAAGGAGCGCUGGAUCCGCGCGAAGUACGAGCAGAAGCUCUUCCUUGCACCGCUGCAGUGCCUGGAGCUCUCGCUAGGCCAGCAUCUCCUGAGGGCUACAGCCGAGGAAGACCUGCGGAUGGUCAUCCUGCUCCUGGCCCACGGCACGCGGGAUGAAGUGAAUGAGACGUGCGGCGAUGGCGACGGGCGCACCGCCCUCCACCUGGCCUGCAGGAAGGGAAACGUGGUCUUGGUGCAGCUCUUAAUUUGGUACGGCGUGGACGUGAUGGCCCGCGACGCCCACGGCAACACGGCGCUGGCCUACGCCCGGCAGGCCUCCAGCCAGGAGUGCGUCGACGUCCUCCUGCAGUACGGCUGCCCCGACGAGCGCUUCGUCCUCAUGGCGACGCCCAACCUGUCCCGCAAGAACAACAACCGGAACAACAGCAGCGGAAGGAUGCCCACCAUCAUCUGAGGGACCCGUCGGCGUCUUCGCUGACCGGAAUCACACCCGCGGCCUCACAUUCCUCCAUUCCCAUCGCAGCUCUGCUCUGUGAGCCCGCAAACUUUCCUUUCCCCUUUUCCCUUAGUCCCAUCCCGGUCCCACGCAGGAACGUCGCCCCCGGAGAGCGCGAGGGCAUGAGGAGCAGCAGAGGGGGCUGCAGAGGAAGCUUUGUUUCAGCAGGUGCUCCUGGAUGAGGACGGCAGUGCAGGAGCAAGGGCACCCAGCGGGGUUCCCCCCUGGGGCCAUGGCGCGGGGAGCGCCAGCACGGCGGCCUCUCGGCACCGGCUCCACCAGUGGGGCAGGACGGGCUGCAGGGAGCGGCGAGUGGAAGCGAGAGGGAGAAAGGAGCAAAGCGAACCAGCAACUUUCCGUAAGUGACAGCCGAGCACAUCAGUACGUUUCACCUCUACUGAGCGGAGUGCUUGGAUUUCAUUCUCUUCUCCGAAGAGCUUGACGGCAUAAAUCAGAAGCAAGCACAGAGUUUGUCAGGUUUGAAGCUCCUAUGAUGGUAUGUGUCAAAUCAGUUGUAGCUAAUCUGUCCAGGGAGAAUACUGGCUUCAUUACACUUGUAUAGUUGAGUUCUUCCAGCAUUACCGCUGUUUAAUAGAACAUGAUUAGUCAUCACGGAGAAAAAAGCAUAUUAGCUGAGGAGGUAGUUACAUGGCACGCUUCGGUGAUUGCUUGGAUGUGAUUGCAAUAUUCUUAGAAGCAUCAUAUUAUCUCAGACAUGUUCUCUCAAGCCCUUGGAGCCCUCCUUUCUAAAUUCACUGUCAUAAUUUAGUAUCUGUUUAAUUUUUCAGCCCAAAGAGGGGAAAUGAGUUGCUGAGUGUUAUUUGACUGCAGUCUCCUUGGUGUAAAAACAAAAUGGAAAAAAUAAAUAAGAGUAAUAUGGAAACACAGAAAGGAAUAAUGAAUACUACUAAGGAAAAAACAAAAACAUUUCAAGUACAUUUAGGGAAAUUAAGAAAUGCGUUAUAGAGGUUAAUAAUCUUUUUUUUUCAGCCAGCAGAAAUAUGCCCUGUCAUUUUGCCAAGGUAAAUGUGUUGAGUUUUUGGUCACUCCUGUGAUGCAUUGCCUAACUUAUACAGAUUUUGUAUUGUGUCUUUAGAUUAUAUGUAUGUAAAAUCUAUUUGAAUAAAAAAUCAUGAAGAUGCAUUGCUUUUCUUUUGUACAGAAAAUGACAUCUCUGUUAAUUUAUAAACUGUAACGGAUGUGAACUAAAUAAUGUGCAACUAGUUAGGAUCAGUGGAUUACUGGUCACUGUAUGUUGAAAAUAUUCCCAGCAGUGAACUCCCUAUUUCCAUUGCAAGCCUUUGAAAAACAUAUCGGAAUGAGAUUAUGGCACGUUUGGCAUUACUAUAUAUA